AUGGCUCUAGAAAUUGAAGAACGACAUGUUGAGUCACUCUCCACCAUGGAUCACAAUUUAUGUGUCAAAAAUAUCAUAUGGUCCAAGGAAGAAUGGCCAGCAAUAAAUUAUGAUGAAUUUGUAGAUGGGGAUGACAUUCCUAUUAUAAGCGUCCAGGUUUUAGAUGAGAAAAAGAAAAAGAGCCAAGAUUAUGAGAUUUUGUGCCAAGCCAUGGUAAAUGCUAGCUCCAGUUGGGGAUUCUUCAAAUUAGUAGAUCAUGGGGUUGAUUUGAAAGUCAUAGAGAACGUGAAAUUACGUUUGAAUGAGCUUUUUGAUCUUCCUAUGGAGCAGAAGCUAAAGGGUGCAAGAUCUGCCAGUUUACCAUUGGGCUACAGUGCCACAAAUCCUGAUUAUGGGAAAAAUUUACCUUGGGCUGAGAUCUUACAACUACUUCAGUCACCCAAACAUGUUGUUGCAUUUGCAACAAAGGUGUUUGGUGAUCAACACCAGUCAUUUAGUGAUGCAAUGAUUGAGUACAUGCAUGAGUUGGACAAACUAGGAAUGAAAUUUUUUGAGAUGUUGGCAUCUGGAUUGGGCCUUGAAGAUGACUUCUUUACAAAGAGCUUUGAAGAGAAAGGCUAUACCAUGAUCAGAAUCAACAGAUAUCCUCCUUGUCCCCUUCCAGAAAAAUGUCUAGGACUUGGGAGCCAUUCAGACCCCCAUGCUCUCACAAUAUUGUUACAAGACCAUGUUGGUGGACUUCAAGUCUUAAAGACUGACCACCAAUGGGUUGGAAUCCGACCUAUCCCCAAUUCUUUUGUCAUCAACAUUGGUGACACCCUUGAGGCAUGGACUAAUGGGAGGCUAAAGAGUGUUGUACACAGAGCAGUGGUAAACAAAGAGAAACAGAGGCUAUCGGCUGCAUAUUUUCUCAGCCCAUCAAGUUCUGCAAUCAUAGACUGCCCUCCUCAGCUCAUGGUGAUGGACCCAAGCACCAACCCAAGAAAGUAUAUCCCUUUCACUUGGGAAGAUUUCAAGAAGGAACUUCUGGUUCAAAAGAGGGUAGUAGGUAAAACUGCCCUCAAUAGAUACCUCAUUCUAAUUGAAAAGCCAAUAUAG